AUUUCAUCAAUACAAGUUUAUACUCUCUAAGUACAUUUUGUGACCAAACAAGUAAUCAGUCUUAAGAUGGAAGGCAAAACUGUGAUUUUAAGUGUGCUCAUAAUGAGUUUUGUCAUGGCCCAUAAUCAAGUCGAAGCAAAGGUUUGUUGCCCGACCAAGGAGGCCAAAUUGGCGUUUUAUCAAUGCUAUCUUAGUGGAAUGAGGGUGACUUGUGCAAAAAAAUGUGGAUGCAUAAUCGCUGGUGAGACAUGUCCUCCGGGAUAUCCAUAUGGCACUCCGGGAUAUCCAUAUGGCACUUUCGGAAACUCUGGCGAUAUUGUCAACGAAUACUGCAAGUUGGGUUGUGCAUCCUCUGUGUGCGGUGCCUUAACCACUCUCCAGGACUCCGAUGCAAGUGAAAUUGUGAAUGGAGCGGUUGAACAAUGCACCAACGCGUGUGCUAAUUUCUGCACCAAGGGCUCAGCUAAUUCAGUUGAAACUGCCUAAGAAGCAUAUCCAAGAUCGAUCUAUGUUUGUCUUGUUGUUGUUCUCCCUGUUUUCAAUAAUUGUCGUGUAUGUGAAAAAAUGCUAGACAUGUGCCAUUUCCUGGUUUUCUAUGUUAUGUAGAAGGUCAUCGAUCCCUAGAUUGUUAUCCCUUCUACUUGCUAUGUAUCUAAAUAAAGAAUAAUGUUUCCUU